AUGGACCCUCCACAUAAGUCUAUCUUGGUCCUGGCCAGCGCCGUCUGUCUGGCCUUGUACAUCCUCACCCUCCUGCAGCGCAAAUGGACUCACUACCGCAUCGCCCGGGAGAAUCACUGCGAAUCCCCGCCGUCCCUGUACAUGAAGGACCCCAUCUUCGGCAUUGACAACGUCUACAACAGCGUCAAGUCCGCCAAAGAACACCAGUUCCUCGAACGCGGGUUGACCAACUUCCGCAAUCACGGCAAUACCUUCCAGGCCAGACGCUUCGGCACCCGCAUCAUCGCCACGCGCGACCCGCUGAACGUCAAGACCCUCCUCUCCCUCAAGUUCAAGGAUUUCGGACUGGGCGAUCGCAUCCACGCCUUCGGGCCUCUGCUUGGCCAUGGCAUCUUCACCACCGACGGCGAACACUGGGCCCAGUCGCGCGCCAUGAUCCGGCCCAACUUCAGCAAGGACCAGGUGGCGCAUCUGGAGAUCUUCGAGGAGCUGAUGGCCGACCUGUUGGCGUUGAUCCCGACGGACGGACGUACAUUCGACCUCCAGGAGCUGUUCUUCUGUUACACUAUCGACUCGGCGACUGAAUUUCUGUUCGGCCACAGCGUGCACAGUCUCAAGAAGCGUCGCUCGCCCGUGCCGGAAGAAGACAAUGAACGUGACUUCGCCGCUUCCUUCAACUACGCGCAGGACGCCAUCGCACAUAACUCUCGAAUCGGCCGUCUGAGCAAGCUGUUCCCUGACCGCCGCGCCGAGCGCUGCAAUCGCGUCUGCCACGAGCUGGUCGAGCAGUUUGUCGACAAGGCGCUGCGGUACCGCGCGCACUACGACGAGGAAAAGGACGGUGCCGACACCGACGCUAACGCCGAUAACAAAAAGAAGUAUCUCUUCCUGCAGGGCCUGGCGCAGCAGACGGGCGACCGGAAGCGUAUCCGCGAUGAGCUGAUGAAUGUCCUGCUGGCGGGACGUGACACUACCGCUUCGUUACUGAGUAAUAUGUUCUUCAUGCUGGCGAAGCAUCCGCACGUGUGGGCGAAACUGCAGGAGGAGGUCGCCUCGUUGGACGGUCGCGUGCCGACGUAUGCGCAACUACGCAAUCUGACUUACCUCAAGUACUGCAUGAACGAAUCCCUCCGCCUGCACCCCGUCGUCCCCGCGAACAGCCGCGUCGCCAUGACCGACACUGUGCUGCCCGUCGGCGGCGGUCCCAACGGCCAGUCUCCGGUAUUUGUAGCGAAGGGGACGGUCGUCGGCUAUAGCACCUACUCAAUGCAUCGGCGGGAGGAUUUCUACGGCCCUGACGCGGAGGAGUUCCGACCCGAGCGAUGGGCCACGCUGCGUCCGGGAUGGGAGUAUCUGCCGUUCAACGGGGGCCCUCGGAUCUGCGUGGGCCAGCAGUACGCGCUGACAGAGGCCGGAUACGUGACGGUUCGCUUGGCGCAGCGGUUUUCCGUGCUGGAGAGUCGCGAUCCACGCCCGUGGGAGGAAAGCUUGACAUUAACCCUGUGUUCGAGGAAUGGAACGCAGGUUGCUGUGCGUUAG